CCAACUUUGUCUCUCUCCUCCCCCUAAUCACAAGCAGCUGGCAUUUUUUGCUUCCUAUGGGUCGGUAACACUUUUUCCGGAAUGGUUCUUUUCGCUUUUGCUUUUCACGCAACUUUGUCUCUCUUCCUUCUCUCAGUCAGAAACAGCUGGCAUUUUCUGUUUUCCAUACGUCAGUAACACUUUUUUUGAAUGGUUUUUUUUACUUUUGCUUUUCACUCAACUUUAUUGCUCUUCCUCCCCCAAUAAGAUACAACUGGCAUUUUUUUGUCUUUUAUGGGUCCGUAAUACUUUUUCUUUGCUUCUCCUUGCUUUUACCAACCUCGAACCCAGGACCUGUGGCUUAACCAUUUCGCAAAAUAGGCCAAGCCAGCAGGCCAAUGGAGAGCAAAGCUGGGUUCAUCGGAACCCAGCUUGGUCUCGUCGAACCGGCAGUUGGGUUCGACGAGACCCAGCCUUGCUGGGUUCGGGCGAAACCAAGCAAGGGGCGGAACCCAACCUUGCUGGGUUCGGGGAAACCCAGCCAGGCUAGGGUUGGGUUCAGGGAAACCCAGCCAGGCUGGGUUCGUCGAACCCAGCCAGGCUGGGUCUCGUCGCAACUCAACAAGGGAGACCCAGCCUUGCUAGGUUCGACGGAACCCAGCAGAUCUGGGUUUUGUCGAACCCAGCCUGGCUGGGUCUCCUCGAACCCAGCAAUGCUGGGUUCCGACGAGACCCAGCAGGCUGGGUUCGACGCAGCCAUGGAAUGCAGCCUGGUGGAGACCCAGGGCAGGGAAGAAAGAAAGAGAAAGAAAGAAGGGGAAGAAGAGGGAUUGGGUGGGUGAGGGUAGUUAGAUGCAGCUGGCAUUUUUGUUUUUUAUGGGUUAGUAAGACCUUUUCUAAAUCUCUUUUCCUGCUCUUGUUUUCCACUCCCCUCUUUCUGAAUCAUCUUUUUCUGCUUUUGCUUUUCACUCAACUUUAUCUGUGUCCCUCCCCCCCAGUCAGAUAUAGUUGGUAUUUUCUGUUUUCCAUGGAUCAAUAAUACUUUUUCUUAAAUUGUCUUUUUCUGCAUUUGCUUUCCCCUCAACUUUAUCUCUCUCCCUCCCUCAAUAAGAUACAACUGGUAUU